AUGCCGGCCAAGCCCACAAAAACCGAGAAACUCGCACUAAUUGUAACUCAUCUUCGUUCAUCCGGCACUUGCUUCACUCUGAAGGAGCUGGAAAAGAAGCUACCGGCCAUUGCCUCCAUCAAUGGCAUCCAAGUCAAGGAAUUCAUUCAGGCGCUAACGGAUGAAGGCCAACUCCGAGUAGAAAAGAUCGGCAGCGGCAAUUGGUACUGGAGUUUUGACAGUGACGAAAAGCUUGAGCGCGAACGGCAGUUGGACCGGGUGAAGACGGAGGUGGAGAAGACCCGGAAGUCAUUCACCGAUCAAGAGGCCGCUCUAGCCACUGAGACCAUGCGACGCCAAGAUGAGCCGGACCAUGCUGAUGUUGACGAGCAACGACAGGUCUUACUUGAUACGAAAGCUGAGGUUCAGGCUGAGCUUCUUCGACUUCAGACUGCAGAGUCCCAGUCCGGCGAUUCGGUCAGCCACAAAGGCGUCAAUCAACUUCGAUCAGACCUUGUACGGUUCAGGCAGCAAGCCAUACAGUGGACGGAUAAUCUACAUAUCCUUGAGCAGUACAUGAACAAGCUGACCGGAGACCGACAAGCCGUUGAUGCAGUCUUACGUGAUUGUUAUGGAGACGAGUACGUGGACGGAGAGGGUCUUCGAGAGCUAUAUUGA